UAUUUCUCUAAAGUUAAAGCUAUGGCAAUAAAAUUGGAGAAGCCUCCUUCCAUGGUUUUGAUUAUUUGCUGCUUAUUUACAGCACUUUUAUUCCUCUCUUUACCAGUGAUGUCUCAAGAAGUUGAAGAUGAGAGUGAGUUUAAUUACGAGGAAAAUAGCGAAAAGGGACCAUCUCAUUGGGGAGACAUACAUCCCGAAUGGAGUUUGUGCAAAAAUGGAUCCAUGCAGUCCCCGAUUGAUCUAUUGAAUGAGAGGGUUGAAAUACUAUCCCACCUAGGCAGGCUUCAAAUCAACUACCAACCCUCCAAUGGAACUAUUAAAAAUAGGGGCCACGAUAUCAAGCUAGAAUGGGUUUCUGGGGCAGGCUAUCUUCAAAUUAAUGAAACUAAGUACGUACUCAAACAAUGCCAUUGGCAUUCUCCCUCUGAACACACCAUAGAUGGAAAAAGGUUUGAUCUAGAGUUACACAUGGUGCACGAAACUCCAUCAGGACAAACUGCUGUGAUUGGAAUUCUGUUUAAAAUUGGAAGGCCAGAUUCUUUCUUGUCAUCGUUAACGAAUCAUUUAAAGGCCAUUUCUGAUAGCACGGAAGCAGAAAGAGUGGUAGGUGUAGUUGACCCUAGGCAGAUCAAAGUUGUGUACAAGCAGUAUUACAGGUAUAAUGGUUCGUUGACUAUUCCUCCUUGCACUCAGAAUGUUUCUUGGACCAUCCUUAGAGAGAUACGAUCCGUUUCAAAGGAGCAGGUUAGAUUGCUUCGAGUCGCUGUUCAUGAUGAAUCAAAUACAAACGCAAGGCCACUGCAACCAAUAAAUAACCGGUUGCUGCAACUGAAUGGGCCAAAAUAUGUUAAAGAUCAAAAUUGAAAUUGAGGACAUUUGCUGGUGAAAACCUGACCAAAAGGUUGACUUGAAAUUGGUCGGACAGUGAAUGCGUUUCCACACAUGGACCAUGCGAUUAUUGCUAUGUUUAUGUUUUUUUUUUUUUUGUCCUUUAAUUUGACGGGGAUGGAUUGUUAGUCGGUACUAUAUACGUACACUUGUAUUAAUAUCUUUAGAGCUUUUACCCAAUAGCAUUACUUUAAGCUAUUCCCAGUAUAUACUGUCAAAUUUACAAUAUAU